AUGGACCACAAUAAUACUAUAAGCUCAACUUCUACAGCCACUGAGUUUUGUAGGGCUUAUAUUAAUAUGGAAAGGUUACAAAAUGAUGUUUCUGAUGAUACUGAUGAUACAGAAAUUAAUGACGACAGUGUUGAUAUCGUUUCGACUAAUUGUAAUGAAAGACAUAUAAGUGAUAACAACAAAUUUUCAAUUGAUAAUAUAUUAGGAAUCGGCAGAGGUAAAGACAUGUGUGUGGGAAAAGAUGGGAGUAGAGACAUACAGAAGUGCUUAGUGACUAAGGUUAAAUGUUUAAAACCGACAGCUAUUCCAGCCUCAAGAAAUACAGGUCUUUUAUACCAAUCAAUACUUGAUCUUCAUAAGUUUGACAGUGCAGAACCUUUACCAUUGGAUGCAGAAGUACAUGAGUAUGGUCCUCCUAAAAUAUCACCUAGUGUUUCUUCAGAUUCCUCGUUUGUUCAUUAUCACCUUCAACAAGCUGUAUCACAACCGCCUUUACAUUAUACCAGUUGGUUAGGAACUCAAGAAGCAAAAUCUACUAGCCAUAUUUUUGGCUUACAAGGUAACAACUAUUCAGUUUAA